AUGGCGGAGCUGAGAGCAAUGGUGGAGUUCGACCUCUGGCGCAAGAGGCUGCUCCCCGAUGCAAAGUCCCUCAUGGGCCAGUCCUUCCACAUGCAGUUCCUGGGAAAUCCAGGCACCGGAAAGACCGUCGUCGCACGUAUCGUCGGUGAGCUUCUGGUGGAGAUGGGGGUCAUCCAGAAGGAAGGCGACGAGGUGGUCUUCAAUGAGGUGUCGCGAGCGGACCUGGUCGCAGAGUACACGGGCCAGACAGCUCCAAAGGUGAUUGAUGCAGUAGAGAAGGCGAUUGGCGGCGUGCUCUUCGUCGAUGAAGCCUACUCCCUGAAGAAGGAGGGUAAGGACUCCUUCGGACAGGAAGCAGUCGACACUUUGAUCAAGGAGAUCGAGGACAAGAGAGACAAGGUCAUCGCCAUUUUCGCAGGCUACGACAAGGAGAUGGAGACCUUCUUCGAAGCGAAUCCUGGGUUCAAGUCUCGAGUGCCUUUCAAGUUCUUCUUUGAGGAUUACAAGUGCCACGAGCUGAACCAGAUCUCGGGCAUCUUCAUGGAGGACAAGGGCUUCACUGCCUCCGACGACGCCAAGCUCUGGCUUAACCGAACGAUCAAGUUUGCCACGGGCUGUUGCGAGGCUGGCGCCGAUGAUCACCAAGGGGACGAUGAGUCACAGCAGAGCUGCAAGUCGACCCGGGACGGAGGAAACGGACGCACUGUCCGCAACAUUCUGGAAGCCGGAUAUCGGAAUUUCGCGGCGCGGGUAGUUCCAACGCUGUACAAAGAUCCGUCUGUACGGCGCGUACUGGACCACGUGGAGAAGUACGCGAAGCUGAAGGAGGAGAAGACAGGCGUUAUCAACAAAAAGUACGUUGAGGAGAACUACGGUCCUGCAGCUGCUUGCGCCGAGCACAAGGACCCCCAAAAGAACUGGAAACCGAGCUGUGAGUGGACGAAAGGCAAGUUACAGCAACUGGUGGGCGAAGACUUCAUUUUGGUCCACGCAUCUCGGGCGACCGACGCGCUGCUUGCUCCCUGCCGGAAUGCAAAGAUGGACUUGAACAAGUUCUCCGACUUGGCAGAGUCAGCCUUACAGGCAAUCUCGGAGAGUGGCUGGGAAGAAUUGGUGGACGCCGUCGCCUACGGCGAUUGCGCCCGCAGCUUCCAGACUCUCCAGGCUGUGCCGAAUCCACCGCCGGCUCCGAAAUAUGACAGCUUGCCGCUCAUGGAAGAUUCGGAGGAGCUCAAGCCCCUGUUGGUCAAGCUUCGGAAACUCGUGGGACUCAGUACCGUCAAGGAGGCCAUGGGGAAGCUGUUCGGUCUCGUGAAGCUCAGCACUUGGCGGACGAAUCUCGGGAUGUCUUCUUUGGAAGGUCAGUCCUUUCACAUGCGUUUCUUGGGCAAUCCUGGCACCGGGAAGACUGUGGUUGCCCGCAUCGUGGGAGAGAUGAUGGUGAAGAUGGGUGUGGUGGCCAUGCCAAAGGAUCAGAAGAAAAAGCUGGAGGCAGAGGCGAGGAACCGAAGCAAGGAAGCGGGCCACGAAGUUCCCACUGAGCUGGUCUUCCGUGAGGCCAGUCGCGCCGACUUGGUCGCCCAAUAUCUGGGGCAGACUGCUCCCAAGGUCGAGAAGGCCGUGGAAAAUGCACUGGGUGGUGUUCUCUUCAUCGACGAAGCAUAUGCUCUGGUGCGCAAUGGCAAGGACACCUUUGGCCAGGAGGCAGUGGACACGCUGAUCAAGGAGAUGGAAGACAAGCGGAAGAACGUCAUUGUCAUCCUUGCCGGCUAUGAGUCGGAGAUGGACACAUUCUUCGAUUCGAAUCCGGGCUUCAAGUCCCGCGUUCCCUUCAGCUUCCGCUUCGAGGAUUACAGCUGCAACGAGCUCGGCCAGAUUGGCAACCUUGUCCUGUCUUCACAGGGUCUUGCCGUGCCGCCGCAAGUCGGCACUCAGUUCGUGGACCUCAUCUCCUUUGCCAGCGGCUGCUGCAACAACGUCGCAGAUGCCGACUGCCACCCAUCCAGGGACAACGGCAACGGCCGCACUGUUCGAAACGUGGUCGAGGCCCUGCAGCGGGCUAUGGCAAAGCGAGUCGUUCGCGACGGGGGUAGGAGUGCAGAAGAGCUGGGCACUCUGACGGCGGCAGAUGUCGUUGCAGUGGCAGAGGAACAAGCCAAGACAAGACUGGAGGCUGCAGUCGCCACAGACGACAGCUGGGAUAUCAGCAACAACUACGUAGAGUACAAUAGUCAUGCCAAGGGGCCUUACAAGGGCAUAAAGGGUUGGAAGGAGGCCGCAGCGCCGGGCGUGGCCGGGGACGACACUUCGCAACUGAAAGCCUUGAGCCUUGCGGGCAGCCACACCAACUCUGUGCUGAGAUGCUUCUUGCAGGAAGUCCCGCACAGUGGCGACGAUGCUUUGCGCCACGGAGGCCGCUUGUCGAUGGAGCUCCUGGGGAAGCGAGAUUCGGCCUUUCACCGUGCAGUCACAGACGGUGUGCCUUGGGAAGUGCUGUCGAAAGACGUGGCCAGUCAGAUGCCUCAGCUACUUUCUCUUGGUUCAGCGAAGGGGCAAUGCGACACUGCAGCGAGCAGAGCACGAGCUCGAAGGCUUCACCAGUUGUGGAUGGCCCAUUCCCAUGGUGACACCCAGCCGGAUUUCGGGGUCGUCAAGAAGAACUGUGGAGGUUGGUCGGAAAAAGCUUUCUUCAUGCAUGAAAUUUGCCAUGAUGCUGCGCUAGAUGCAUACACGCUGGAAGUACAGAAGCGGCUUUGCUUUGCUCUGUGGGAAGACCCCGUGCAUGCCAACUGCGUGACUCUCCCCAACAUUCGAAAAGUGAACAAAUCGGCAUCGGCAGAUUACUCGUGGAUCGAGGAUGUUCCUGUGUGUAGCGAAAACAAAUCACACAAGAAGUCCUUGAUAUGCCUGAUGACAGCCGCGAGCAUAGGUUCCAGUGCUCCUGUGCAAAGCAGAUCUGGUGCUGAUCUGAAACAGAAAUUAUUGCAGCUUCAUCUGUUUGAGCCUUCCAGCAAUGACAUACAGUUUCGCUGCCUCCGUGAGGUUCUAGGCGAUGCAGUCUCUGAGAAAUGCUUAGAUUUUCCCGUGCUUCGUUUGCCUCGCAUGAUUGCCUUUUUGGUUGUCGUGGGUUUGUGGCACGAGGUUGUUAUGCUGUCGCGUUGGACGCACCCGCAUUUUCCAUCCCUUACUGCCUCCUUGCCCCAAGAAUGGCUCACAACAGUGGCACACUCGCCUGAAGAUGGAUUGUCUACCCAGCUACUCACACUGGAUCACGUUGAGAACACGAUGGGGUUGAUGAGGCGUUUGGGCGCUCAGGUGUUGCCAUCCUUGCUGGACGACGAUGCAAGGGUCGGGUUGGAGAUGGAUUUGGAGAGCUGUCUGAGGGCGUUGCGUGCUCACGGGCGUACCCUAGAUGUUUCACAUGCAGUGUAUCACACAAAGCAUUUCCGCGGUGGGAUCCCGUCAGAUGUUUUCGUGCAACAGCUUGUGGCAAGCUUGGACUUGAAAGACAAGAGUAUGCUGAAGCGUCAUGCAGAACGUUUUUGCGCUUGUUUGCCAAAAGUAUUCCGCCCCUUGCUCGAUGCCUGGAUGUCGGGACAAGUUGUUAGUGCCACAUCGCUUGUGCGAGGUAGGCUGUUCCUGGACGUGGCCAUGCAGCUUGUGCAUCGUCAAAAUCUGUCAGAUAGUGGCGGUGUAUUGAAAUACGCCUGGGGGGAUGCAUCAUCUAAGUAUGGGUUGGAGGUGUACAAUUCUCGAUACCGAUGGUUCAAGAAGUCGCAGUGUGUGGAGCUUGCCCGUGCCUGGCGGUAUUUGUGCAACAAUCCAUGGGGUCCAGAGGUAGAUGAUGAGAUCUUACGGAAGAGAGCUGAGUGUUCCCAACUCCUCCAUGACAGCAUCCAUCUCCACACCAUGAUGCCGCAACUCUUGGGCAGCAAGCGCACGACCUUGCCGGACAAAGUAUCGGCGCAUGUCCACGCCAGCCUCCUAGAGUGCUCCAGCCUGCAAGAUCUUGACACCAGCUUUGAUAAUCAUAUCUCUUGGACAUCAGAUAUGGGAGUAGAGGCAGGUCUGCCAUCAUUUGGCAUACAAGGGGCUGAGAAAACCUUGCCCCCUUGGCUGCAGCCUGCAAGAGCCAAUGUUGUAGAAGGAGAGGAAUUUGUUGAAGACGGUCCUGUGGUGAAUGAAGAUGCAGCUGUGACGAAGCCUUUGAUGCAACAUGCUCUCCAGAUGCCCGGGAUUUGUCAUUGCAUCCACAAUGCCACAGAGACUUUGGAGACAGCGUUCCAUUGGUUUGAGACGUUCGUUGAUCAUUAUAAGGUUUUAGACAAGUUCCUAAGCAGCAAGCAGCGGCGAGAGCGAUUUGUGGAAGUGGUGAUGUAUGGUUCUCCUGCAUAUGAAACAGCCAAACAAGUCUUCUCAAAACAGGUGCCGGCGUUCUACACGAAGCGCUGGAAUGCCUUCACAGACUGUUUGCGUGAAACGCUUCCCAUGGCUUUGUUCCUGCGUUCACAUUGGGAUCAUGUGCGGUACCUGGAGGGUUUGGAAAAUGCGGCUUCAGUAGAUGAUGGCUGGGCUCCAACGGACCUGAACAGCAUAUUGAGCAACAACUACUUUUUCGCAUACUGGCGGAUGCAGCUGAAGCUCCGGGGUCAGUUGAGCACAUUCAUGUCAUGGGCAGAAGGGUGCAGCUGUCACAAAGUCCCUCGUCGACGUGCAAGUGACCAUGAAGACGACUCGGAGGACCCGAAGUCAAGCAUAUCCUUGCAAAGCCUUCUGAAUAUGGAGAUUACUUCUGCACGGCAGUUGCCCCGUAGGUGUCCCAUGAUGGGUUGUCAAGCUCCCUUUUUGGCCAGUGAUCACCUCGAAACAUUAUCGAAGCGUUUGGCAGAGUCUUCGCACCAUCUUGUUGCAGACUGCCAUGAGCGGCUCAGUCAAGAAGAGUGGGGCACCUUGCUGUCUGAGUGGAAGCAUGGGACUUCUGUGAUUAUUGAGAACCUCAAACUUCGGUUGGAGUUUUACACUUGUCUUCCUUGGGUGCUUCUCUCCGGGGCACAUCCUGUGGCAAACGUAGCACGUCAGGGUCUCCAAAAAGCUUUGCGGUUGUGGGAGCAAUUGCCAGAUGAUGCCAAAGCAUCUCAGCACUUGCUUGUCCGAGGCUUGUUUCAGGAUGCCGGUUUGAGUGAGCAGCUGGUGGCUUUUUUGGCAUCAGACGACGACAUAGAAAGUUUUCCCCAACUGGAGCAGUUUUUUGCCCCCUUGUCCUUUGUGCAAGUAGCUGAGCGGUUGAUCGAGGCAGCUCACAAAGACUUAGGCCAAUCUCGGCCCAAGAACUUCAGUAUGAAUCUACUCUCGAUCAAUAUGCGUUUGCCUGAGCUUGACCGUUAUCUGUGGCAGGACCCAGGCAACUUUGCAAAACUCGUAGAUGCUUUCGAACAGUCCCGGCACUUGCGUUCAUUCACUAGCAAUUUUCCUUGCUACCGAAACCACCCCAAAAUGCUGUCAGUGGCUGGCAAAAGAAAAUCUGCAAAGUUUGAAAGUUUUGUCAGGGAAGCUUUGUACCGUGAUGCGAGGCUGCAGUUUGCAGAUGUCAAGGAGGCUGCAGAGACCCAUAAGGCCGAAGUGAAAAAGAGAGAGGCUGCCCAUAAACCCCACAAGAACAAAGUGAGACUUUCCGAAGCUGUGGUCGUAGGACGUGCCAUCACAGACAGAAUCCGCGAAGUAGCGCACGAGCAGCCCGGCACCAUGUUUUCGAUUCACGCUGGACCAGACCAAGGCACAAGGUUUUUCACGCCAGUCCUGUUGAAUCCAUCUGGUCUGCGUCGCCCUGUGCAUGCCCCAUGUACUCUGCACGAGUAUGCUCCUACUGACAUGCUUGUCACUGUUUGUGAGAAUCGUGGAUCUGUUGAAAGACCGCUUGUGAAUGCCAUGUCUGCAGGAAGCACAGAGACACUAUCCAUGCAGCAAUUGCUCGCAGCUUGCGAUGACAUGCAUUCUUUCGUGAAAGAACUCCGUGUCUGGUCUCGGGGUGGUGGCUUGAAGUAUUGCUUGCCGCUGUUGGGUGGAGGAGUUUCCACUUUGCUGCAAACAUUGCUGGAUCAUGGUGCUGUGCCGGGCAAGGGGCGUGCUUUGGCAGUGCAGGAUGGUGCUAGGGAAGGGUCUUUGCAGAUGCUUCAAGGAUCAGGGUAUGUAGAUCAUUCCGCAGCAGGGUGGCAAUUAACUCAGAAAGCUUUGCAGAGCAUGGAGUUUUUUCGUGAGCUGAGCCACCCGACAUGUUUUGCAGAUCCUGGAGAGAAGCCUCUGAGUGACAUGUCAACACUCGAGCUUGUGUUCGUUCUGCAAAGCAAGUCAUGGACUUGGUCAAAAUUGCCUGCCAAAAAGGUAGAUCGGGAUCAACUUGAGUUCGUUCCAGGAAAGGCCCUUGUCUGGCGCACGGUCGGAGUUACAGUGCCUGCUUCCUAUAUGCGUUGUUUGCUGGAUGCAGACCGACUGCAGACUCAACACGGCAUCAGUGCGAUCCCUCAUGGUUUGUCAACUGAUGUGUAUGAACAGAUCUUCCUUGGGGUGCAGCCUGCUGAAGCUAUUCGUGCCAUUCAGGAUCAACGUAGGAAGCGUAAGCGGGAAAUCCAGGAUCCGGGUCGUUUGCAGAUCGAUGUUGAAAUAGGUGAGGUUGGUGGUGCUUUGGGCGAGAUUGGGGAGCAAUCCGCUUUGGCAGCGCUUGCACCGGUGCCUAAUCAGCAAAGUGCAGCCGAGCAGGGGGAGGGUGAGGGAGGCUUGUCAGACUUAGAUUUCGCAGGUGGCAUUGGUUCCCCUCCUGAUUUCUCAAAGGCUGACUCAGAGGCCUCAGAGGUUGAUUCGCAGGAGCUGAUUGCAGAAUUAGAAAAUGCCAUUAAUGCCGUGGAUGCCAAAGAUGCCAAUGACGGCCAUGAUGCCAAUGAUGCAAGCGUAGCGGAACCACCGCCCCGUCUCCCAGAAGGUGGUGCAGAUGCUAUGGCUGUAGACCCAGCAAACAUGCCUCAGGGGGAACCGUUGCCGUUGCCCCGUCCCGCAGAAGGUGGUGCAGAUGCUGUCGUUGACCCAGCAAAUUUGCAUCAGAUCUUGGAAGUCAAGGCAGCAGCUAAGUACGGGUUUUUCUCUUUCUCCAGAAAGCAGGCCCGCAGUGCACCGCCUUUUGGCGGGUAUGAGGCGAUCUGCAGAUACCACAAAAGAAGCAACGUGACAGGAUGCAAGCGCUUCGUGCGCUUGCCCAAUGAUACUGAGGAGGGCCGUGCAGCUGUCAUCACAACGCUGCAACACUGGUGCAAUUCAGCUUUGAAAUUCUCACGGCAAAGAGACCAUGUUCGCAUGCCGUUGGCCCCCGAAGAUGUCCAGUUCGCGAUCUUCGAGCUCAUCGUCUUCCAGUUCGAGUUCGAGCAGCUCUUCGUGAUGGAGGCCAUGUGCCAGUGCUGGAAGGUUUCAGUUGUCGUAUUCACCAUUGAUGCCGUAGUGUGGCUAGAGUUAAAAGGAGUUCCCGAGCCGACGUUCGGAUCACAUGCUUCGCAGUCAGUGCUCUGA